GUAUGGACAUGUAAAUGCGAUGAAAUGUGGCUUAUGUUUUUUUUGCAGUUUGGUGUGCCAUCUUACAUUGUGUCUCUACGUCACGAGUGUGUUCAUGGGAUUUUAUCUUCACUGGAGUCCCUCAAAUGCGCCACAGAUUUUGGGCUGCAGUGUAACUGCUGUGAGCCACAGAGAUGGCUGAACCAGCAAAUGAGAGAGAGAGCAGUGAUUUACAGCUCCCCCAGAAUCCCAAGCCUGUGGAUUUCUUUUUACGGCACAAGUCCUGCAACACAUAGUGGAUGAAACAAACCGGUAAAAUUUACUAUGCAACUUUUAGACACCCAUAAACUGUACAAAAUACACAC